AUGGAGCUGCUGUUGCCUGCUUGUGUUAUGCUUCAGAUGCUCUGUUUUGUUAGCGGCUAUCCCAGUGGUGCUCCCACUGGAGCCUGUGAAGACAUGUUGCCUCGCCAUUCUGGCGUGCUGCCUCAGCCUUCACCAGCACCCUACGCUCUCCUUGUCAACAGCGGGACGUUUCAACCAGGCGAGGCCAUUACAGUGACAAUCACUGGACCAGAAUAUAGAGGAGUGCUGCUGGAAGCUCGGACACUCGGCAGCACUAAUGCUCUGGGGAGCUGGCGACUGCCUCCUCCAGACACAAAGUUUCUUCAGUGCACAGGGAAUCCACAAGGUGCUGUCACUCAUUCCAACACCAACCUGAAGGGCAAAACCACUGUAUACAGCUGGAUACCCCCCAACUCUACGAGCCUUAUCUACUUCAUGGCCACAGUAGCUCAGCAGCGCACGGUCUUCUGGGUUAAUGUGAGGUCCGCCGCUCUGACCAGAGGGAAACCAGGAGGCCUGGGUUUGGCUACGUGCGCAAAUGCAAGUGCAGGAAUAGCCGGAAAAAAACCUCUGCUUCUCCUCGUGAUGUGUUUUCUGAUGUUAAAGGUGCUGGGCUGA